AUGGAGCGCAUUUUGCAGACUCACCGGGCAGAUAUCGCCAAUGGACACCAGCGGAGGAAGGAUAUCUUGGAAGACAUUCGGAAGCUGCAGGAGAAAAUCAAAGAAUUGGAACCACCCGAGAAGCCCCCGCACCGCGAUUCCGCCGCGGACCCCGCCGACUCCGCCGCGGACCCCGCCGACGCCGACUCCGCCGCCACGGACGCCGCGGCCAGUGCCGAUUCUGCGGCGGCUGCAGCGACGGACAACGCCGAGAGGGCGGAUGCAGGCGAGGCCUCCGAAGAGUUGACGGUGGACUGGCUGGGCCUCAACUCACGCAUUGGCAAGGACAAAGACAAUCCUGAUGCAUCGAGCUCACCUGGUGCCUCAGGUCGUUCCACUCCCAGCGGUGCACCUUUACCCGGCGGCGGCGCGCAUGAAGGAGGUGAGACGAUUGAAGAGGAAUCAUCAUCCUCAAGUAGUGAGGAGGAGCGUCCCGUGCUGCAGAUGGACCCCUGGAUCCUGGCCUUUCCCUUCGACCCGCCGGACCUGGCCAAGCGAAAGUUCGAGUUCUGUCAGCAACACCGGAUCAAGAGCCAUCGGCUCCAUGACCUCGGAAAACAGAAAAAGUAUCAAUUUCUUCUCCGACGCCACAUAAAGCAAGAGAAGCGAACGCUGAUGCUGAAGCAGAAGUUGUUGCUGAAGUUUCUGACAGGAGAUGAACUGCAGAGGGCUAAGAACGAGAUGAAGAAGGGACCUGCAGAUCUGAAAGCAGAAGCUGAAGUGGAACGAGGCAAACUUAAAGACAGGCAGAUGAUGAUUGCCAAGUUGUUGAUGUUCUGGCAACGCCGGAUGAAGAGCUUGGAGGAAGACCAAGAGGCUGAACGGGAAGCUUUCCGAAUGAAAGUGAAAGCCUUGUUGCAAGAUAUCCAUUCCUUAGCCGUUGUCUUGGAAAGUGCCCCGAUGACCAAAAAGAGGAGAAGACGCGUGGAUGCCGAAGACUUGCUGCGCCUUCGGAGGCAGAAGGCGGAAGAAGCCGCGCGGCAACAGGUGGAGGAGGAGAGGGAAUCGAUGAACACGACCCAAGCCCUGAAAGCCGCCAGGGAGACCGAAGGGCAGGGCAGCAUGACGGCGCUUCAGAAGAUGGCAGCCUUUGCACGCAACAUCCAGCACAGUGGCGAGAGGAUGCAGGAAGAUGAUGCCGUGGAACGCAUGCGUUUGGCGAAGAUGCUGCGGCUGCCUGGCGAAGAAGGGCAUCGGGCGGCGGCCGAGCCAACGGCGCUCCACGGAAACGCUGGUGGGGAAGCCCGGGAUGUUUAA